AUGGCACCAACAACUAAACCCAAAGUUCGCAAACGCAAGCCACGCAUGAGAAAGAGGAACCGUGGUGUCCGCACUCGCGAAGGUCACGCACGUCCGAUAGAUGGAGGCUCGCCAGACCAACCGCUCGCCGAAGUACUCAACGAGACGAGGCGUCGGAAACCCAAGAAAACAUGGGCCGCACUCAUUCCUGUCUCUGAUGAUCCACUUGAAAAGAACAUUGUUGAGCAAGUACCUAUGCCAGAUGGCUACGUUCUAGUCCCCAAGGGCGAUGUCUACAUCACUCGACACUGCCGCAGUAAGACCAAGGAGUCCGAGCGAACUGUCUAUGUUGUUUACAACCGCACAGGCAAAAGAACCCUGGGAAUCCGAGUGCCGGAAGAAAUCUACAUAGAAGUUCUCGAGUCAGCCGCCGCAACCAAAGAAACACGCGCCAAUGCUGUGCAAAUUCGCGAUGCCAAAGAUCUCUCCAAAUCGCGAGAACUCCUAAAGACCGAAUUCCCGCUUAUGCCCAAAGAAACCCUCAAAAUCGUCCUGGAGCACGCCUUCCUCAAAGGAUCUGGGCGUGUAGGGCGCACAGCGAUGAUCAGCGACGAGAAAAAGACCCUCUUGGCUGUUGAGGCGCAUAUUCGACAUGUCCAUACGCCUUAUGAGAAGUUGCUAGAGGAGGGCGUCAGUCGGAAGCAUGCUCGUGAGCAGGUCUGGUCUACCAUCCAGGCUGUUGAACGGGCUUGGCAAGGAUAUGAGAAGAAGGAGACUACCUUGGCGUUACGUCCAGUGGAUGAUUGA